AAAAUCUAAAAUCAUUAUUUUAAUAAGACUAGAAAAAUAAUCCCCCCAAAGCCAAAGCCAAAGCCAUUGGACUGGUAGUUUACUUUAAAUCACUUUAUCCAGCUUCCAGUUUUCCUCAUCAAAUUACCGAAAGAAUCAUAUUUCUGAUAUUCGUAGCCAUUAUUCCAGUUUUGAGCUGGAAGAAAUGUUGAUGGGUCAUACGGAUGGUCUAUCAGAACGGAGGUCAUCAAAGGAUCAUCUACUUAGUGAUCCUGAAUCCGAGUUAUAUGUAGAUGAAGCUGCAGAUUGUUCUGAACAGAUACUGUACUUUGCUUCCUUUGAAGAACUUGCAAGAAAUAGUGUUAAGUAUGACACUGUUAUAUGGCUUUCUAUAUCACUGAUGCUGGUCUUAGCUUGGGGAGUGGGCAUCAUUAUGCUGCUAUAUCUGCCCAUUAGGAGAUACGUGCUUCAGAAGGAUAUUUCCUCACGCAAACUGUAUGUUACACCUAGUGAGAUAGUCUACAAGGUCUCGAGGCCUUCUUAUAUACCUUUUCGGGGCACUGUGACAAUCGAGAAGCAUGUUCCACUUUCCAUGGUAAUUGAUAUCAUUAUUGAACAAGGUUGCUUGCAAUCAGUAUAUGGAAUCCAUACCUUUAGAGUUGAAAGUAUAGCCCAGGGAAAAGCUGCACCUGUGGAUGAACUACAGGUUCAAGGGGUUUCUAAUCCUGGACUUCUGAGAAAGGUCAUUGUAACAGAAGCUUCAAAGGUUAUACAAGAUGUUGGUAGAGGUUGGAAGCCUAUGGUUCUAACCGUUGAAGGGGAAAACAUGGGUCGUAUGGGUUCUUUGUCUGAGGGACCAGCUGUUUUGAGAUCUCCAUCCAAAAAUUGGAAGAUGACAGCUUCACCACGCCAUGCCUCAAUGGAACGCAGAGGCAUACUUACUGGGGAACUGCUGCUAAAUAAACUUGAAGAAGUCAAUAAAUCAGUAAAGAAAAUCGAGUUGCUUAUAGAGAAGUCUCAUGCCUCCCCUUAAGGCCGUUGAAUUGUCAAGUAUCCUUACUUUGCAAAUCCCAAAUUUUGGCAAUCAGCAAACUGGAGAAGGAAGUGAAUCUCGUUAGCUGUUACUUCAUCUGUAACUACAAGCUUAGGGAUAUGGUAAAUUAUUAUCAGAUAAUCACCAAUCCAGUUGUGUCAUUUCUUACCAUGUGUAUAGAUUUACAAUAGGAAUUCUAAGCAAGAUUUUUGUUUUGAACCUCAGCCAUUGAGCUUUUACUUUCCUGAACAAUUUUUUUGGUUACUGUUUGGUUUUGUUAUUUGGGUUUAAUAUUGCAGAGAUAAUUCAUAUGAUUCUCA